UGUGUUUAGCAACACGUCAUUUGAACACGGUUAAUGAUUUUGGACGGACAAAAACAAAAGUAGAAGCAGCCGAUGGCGUAUUGAAAACUGACACUACGGUGUGAAAACAGCUGUUGGGUUUUCCCCUACACCCACUGUUUCAGAAAAAAAAACACAGGCUGAUAAAUGUCUGAGGCAUCAGAACCUUCUAACAGCAAAGAAGAAGAGGAAACCACAUCUGAACUAGAGGUUAAAAAAAACAUCGAUAUUUAGCGUUGUCCCGAUCACAUAUUUUCUACCUGAGCAUUCUAACGACAGCAGUGAGGAGGAAGGGGCUGAAAACUCUGAGAUGGAUUUCCUGCGGAACUUGUUUUCCCGCACUCUGGGUCUUGGCACACCCGAUAAGGUUUUGGAUGAUUUGACCUUGGAAGGAGUGGCCCAAUACAUUCUUAGUGGCAAAUGUAAAAACAUCCUCUGUAUGGCUGGUGCUGGUAUAUCCACAUCGGCUGGGAUUCCUGAUUUCCGCUCCCCUGAUACUGGUCUAUAUGCAAACAUGAAAAAAUACAACCUGCCCUACCCUGAGGCCAUCUUUCAAAUAGAUUACUUCAAGAAACAUCCAGAGCCGUUCUUUGCCUUGGCCAAAGAGCUUUAUCCAGGACAGUUUAGGCCAACUGUGUGCCAUUACUUCAUGAAGCUGCUGAAGGACAAAGGACUACUGAAACGUUGCUACACACAGAAUAUUGACACCCUGGAGCGAGUGGCCGGGCUUGAGAGCAGUGAUCUCAUUGAAGCCCACGGGACGUUUCACACAUCCCACUGUGUCAAAUUCACUUGCCGCAAAGAGUACAACCUGGACUGGAUGAAAGAUAAAAUAUUUUCUGAUGACAUUCCCAGAUGUGAAAAAUGCAACAGUCUGGUCAAACCAGAUAUUGUCUUUUUUGGCGAGAGUCUACCAGUGCGGUUCUUCACUUCAAUGAAGAUGGAUUUCCCACGUUGUGAUCUUCUCAUCAUCAUGGGAACAUCUUUGCAGGUCCAGCCUUUUGCAAGUCUGGUCAGCAGGGUUUCAAAAAGCUGCCCAAGGUUGCUCAUCAACAUGGAAAAGACAGGCCAAGGUGACCCUAUGUUAGGUUUACUGGGUUUUGGAGGAGGAAUGGACUUUGAUUCGGACAAGGCAUACAGAGAUGUUGCUCAUAUCAGUACAUGCGAUGAUGGCUGUAUGGCACUGGCUGAACUGCUGGGAUGGAAGGCUGAGUUGGAAGAAUUAGUGAAGCGGGAGCAUGCCAGGAUCGACAGCCAGGACAAGGAAGGAAAGUCAAGUGAAAGCAAAGGUGCAAGCUCUUCAUAAGUGGUGUGAGAAGACGUGUGGUCAUAUGGAAUACUUUUUGGUCUCGGAGAUUUCCGUGAAGAUGUAUUAUGCGCUUAUUAUUUAUUGUUUACAGUUGAAGCUUUUAAUGUGGACUAAAUGGCUAUAAGAAUUCCUCUCCUUCCUAUCAUGCCUUUGUAUGUUUUUUUUGCACUUGAAUUCACUUCACUUGCUUCUGAUUUUCUAUGAGUGAUGUUUUGGUAUCUCACAUCACACCGCUCUAUAUAAGGUUGUAUGCAUGGGUUGUUUUGACUACACUAGACAGUGAGAUCUUUUAACAAUUAGUGUUGACAGUAUAGCAAAAUUACAUUUACUAGAAGAGUGACAAGAUAGGAAAAUGCUCUCAAGGCUUUUUAUUU